AUGCCGCAAACCGUCCAUCUACAGUACAAUUCGCCAAUGGGUCUCUAUUCAAAAGAGACGGCCACCGAACAAUUUCAACAACAAAUCGGCGAGAAUCCCGGCGAUCUUCCAGCACCUGAUAAACAUUUCGAUCCAUCCAAAUCGGCAACUCUGCGAUAUUUGAAAGAAUCCGAGAGAGGUGAACAAUUUGGUGAUAACUUUUUCGAGAAAGUUUCUCAAGCCGAGGCACCAAAUGUUCCCUAUCAAUCGGAACCCGGUUGGGCAAGAACGGCUCGCGAGAAGAGCGAGAGAGCUAGAAGUAAGACACCGGCUGAUCCGUUUUAUCGACCAGCGAGUUCGCCAGCACCGUCGAAUCAUCCGAUUCAUUUGGAAAAUGCCAGAGAUCAUGCGGAGAAAAAUCGGUGAGCAGUAAAGAUCUGGUAAAUAAUGAAUGGGACCCCAAAUGGGACCCCGAAUGACUGAAUGGGACCCCAAAAUGAUAAAAUGGGACCACAGCAUUUUUUUUUGAAUUGUCUGAAUGGGACCCCGCAAAAAAGGGACCCCAUUGAAAUUUUUUCAGAAUGGGACCACAGAUAGGCUUAAACUUAGACGUAUCCUCAGCACUGGGGUUAGGCAUAGGCUUAGGUUUAGUUAGGAUUUCAGGCUUAGGCUUAGUUAGGGUUUGAGGCUUAGGCUUAGUUAGGGUUUUACGCUUAGGCUUAGUUAGGAUUUGUAGUCUAGGCCUUUCAGUAUAAAAUUUCAGUGGGGUCCCAUUCAGACAAUUCAAAAAAAAUUCUGUGGUCCCAUAUUAUUAUUUUGGGGUCCCAUUCAUCACGACGAUUUUUAAACACCGGGGUCCCAUUCAGUCAUUUGGGGUCCCAUUUGGGGUCCCAUUCAUUAUUUGCCUAAAGAUCUAGGGCCUACUGAACUAAAUCUAAAUCAAGUAUUCCAGAGUCUUCACCCAUAACAUCAAUGAGCCAUACGGUCGCUCAUACUACGAUGCCGCACAAACUCUCCCAAGAUAUCGUAGAUCACACAGUGCUGGACAUGAUUUGUCAAAUCGAGGUUAUGAACUUGGAGGGAUCGACUACACUCAGGGAAUCCACGUCGAUCAUGGUACUGAUUAUCAAUAUUAUGAAGAGCCACCAAGAAAACCACAACCACCAAAACUUCCACCAGGUUAUGAAUUGGGUGGAACUGAUUUCUAUCAAGGAAAUGUUUCGUGUGACAAUCAUUAUCGAGGGCAUGGUCCAGAUCCUCCGAGACUUCGCCCGAAGUAUACUGCAAAUCCACAUGACCCGUGUAAUGUUGCGAUUGCACCAAAUCUUGAAGCUGUUGAUGCGAAUUUAUUAGUUGGAGACACUUUGUCGAAUCAAAAGAUCAAGCAUGAAGUUCGUCACAUUGAUCAAUCACAAUUUGGAACUUCCUUCGGGCCAACUCAGGGUUUCAAGAGAGAUCAUCAAACAGUUUAUAGACAACCUGAACAUCAAGGACCUGUUGUUUAUUCGCUGAGUGCCAACAAAAAUCUGGCAAGACAAAGUUCUGCACCGCCAGAACAAAGAGAUGUUUGGAAUGUGAGUGGAAAUCAAUAUGAAGUUGAUAAGGAGGUGAGUUGAUGUGUUUCAAGGGAUUCAAAAUAACAUUGAAGCAGGUCUCGAUUCGAACUCUUCUGAAUGAUGAAGCUCUUCGCGCGCCAAAGCGUGAAACUUCGCCAUUUUGGGCUAAUCAUUCGGUUCAAAAACAUCAAGCCUGGCAGGGUAAAACCGAUCCACGUCUUCAAAGAUAUGAGGUUCCCCCCGUUUUGAAAAUGCUAAUAACAUUUUUGAGUUGCUUUAGAAGUCUUCGAAGAUCUUCAAACUUGAAGAUCUUCAAAUCCGAAACUUGUAUCAAAAAUUUUGCAGACCUACAUCACCGAACCGAAUUGGCGUCGAAACGUUGAUCAACGUCGUCUCGCGUGGGAACGACGUGCGUUCGAGACGGAGCAACGUUUGAGCCGCCCAUUUUCAGAUCGUGUAAGUUUUUUUUAUGAAAAAAAAAGAGAAAAGAGAAAAAAGCGAGAGAUAAUGAAUAAAUGAGAGAGUUUAGGUAGCGCCUGGUGUUCCUCCCGCAUGGCAUGCCGAAGCCGAACAUAAGCAUCAACAGUGGCAAAAGCAGGCUGACAAUAUGAGCUCGGUUUGUGUUUUGUGUGAUUUUCAGAUUGAUAUGGUUUCAAGUUACGAUUUUCAGAACCAACAAGGUUCAAACUACAACACGGAGAACAAUCGGCAAUACACAUCGUCAACAACCGGAUAUGUAAGUUCGAAAAAAAUUUUUGGGAGGGGGAGGGGCAUUUUUAUUUUUUUUUAAAUCCGAACUGUGUUUCUGGCAGUAUUGAACUUCAACAACAUUCAUUUUUUCAAAAUCAAAUUUAUUUUUGAACAAAACAUGGCACAACAUGUGUUCUCAAUUCGAAAAGUCAAUAAAUCAUGUUGCAGCCAGUCGGUCAUCACGAUAACUCACAAACAAAUGCUGCGAGUUACCUGAACUCUGGAUACAACUCAAAUCAAAUUGACUAUCUGGUUUCUAACCAGAAUCGUUAUAAUGAGGGACCACAUUAUCAACCACCAGUUAUUAAUUCAACUGCGACUGCUGGAUCGAAUUUGGGGCAUGGACAUCAACAUAGUUCCUACUCAACUUCCACUCAAAGUAAAACUGUUCCAGUAAACUAUUCUGGAUCUCAGGUUAGUAGUCGAGAGAAUGGGAAACUGUUUAAUUUUUGAUAUUUUUUAGCAAAACGUUGCUGGAACUUUCAAUGAAGUAUCUAAGGUUUAUUUUUGUUUUGAAAAAAAGCUUAUUAGAACUUAUUGUCCGUUUGUAGAAAUGAGAUUCACCCCGCGAAAAAAUAAAUUUGAAUUUGAGAAAAUCUCUAAUUUCCCCUACCCCCGCGUAACUAGCGUGUGCGUUGCGGUCGCUUUCCCAUACAAAACCCCCGUUGGCUGUUUGCCAGCGCACUCUAUCGCUGUCUGCGUCUCCUGCAGCAAAUUCAAAUUUAUUUUUUCGCGGGGUGGAGCUGAUUUCCAAACGGACAAUAAUUAGUUGCAUUUACCAAGAUGCCCAGAUCUUCUAAAUCAAAUCAUUUUCAGGCCAGCAACUACAACAAGAAUUAUCAACAAUCAACCACCACUACAACCACCCAAUCUCAACCGAUCGCUUUGCCAUAUUCUGGAGCACAAAACUAUUCGAGCAACAAUUAUCACACCUCAUCCACCACUACAACUACAACUCAACCACAACCACAAUAUCGACCAUCAUCUGCGAAUUAUAAUUAUUCAAGCAAUUAUCAUAAUUCAAGCUCGACUACCACUACAACUCAGCCAAUCGCUUUGCCAGCGGCUGAGAAUUAUUCGAGCAAUAAUUAUCGUAGCUCUUCAACUACUACUACCACAACUCAACAACCACAACCACAACAACAACUUCAUGUUUCGGAUCCUCGCAACUAUUCGACUAGCUAUCAUACUGAAUCACAUAGCACAACUGGUCCAACAAUCAUUCAUUCACCAGGUGGACAAAGUGUCAGAAGCACUGAAUUCUCCUCAAGUCGCUAUAACAAACAAGAAUCGAAAACUACCACUACAACUACGACUCAACCUCAACCAAUUGCUCUUCCAUCGCAAAAUUAUUCGAGCAACAACUAUCAUAGCUCAUCAACCACUACAACUACACAACAAAAUCCGCAACCAACUUUCCAAACAACAAAUUUGCCAGUUACUCGGAACACUAGCUAUAAUUACAGCCAGGUGGGAUAUUUUAUAUGCGACUGGAAUGUUUUGAAUGUGUAGUGCGGUGCGUUGAUUUUAAAUUUGCAGAGAGAUGUUCACAUUCCUCAACCAAAGCCAACUAUGCAUCAAGAAAGUUUCACUUCGCAUGUUGAAAAGGUUUGUGUGCUAAUCAAGACUGAUUUCCUUCGGAAUUUUGAUCCAGCCUAGUUCUAACAUCAGAUUUUAGCUGAGACUAACAGUUCUUCUGAAAAAAUUCAAAAACUGAGUUUAAAAUCCCCACGCUGAAAUUAGAAAGAUCUAUAUAAAGUCCACCAAAAGUAAGAAAAAUUCAAGAGGUACAUUUUGAUAAAAUAGCUGUUUUUAGCACCGAAUUUAGUAUGAAACUAUCGAAAAUCAACUUAAAUUAUGUUACUUGUACUAGCAAAAGAGAUAAAUAUCAAUUUAACAACAAGUACUAUUCAAAUUCAUGGAAAAACAACAAAAAAUACGUGAAUGAAAAAUUUUCGAAAAACAAAAAACAAGAAAAUAAAAGUAAAAAUGGAAAUGCGCCCUAUUGAUAAAAAUUUCAUGUUUCGUACUCUCCACAGCAAAAAAAAAUUAUUUUUUUCGUUCGAAAAACGAGUUAGCCUAACUUUUUUCAUAAUUUUCAUAUAUUUUUUCAAAUUUUACACAAUUUUUUAUCGAUUUUUUCAAUUUUUCCGAAAUCCCUCCCCAAAAAACUCACCGAUCGCUUCUUUUUCUCAAAUCACACAAAAAUCAUCGAAAAUCCUCGAUAAAUCCUCAAUCCUCCAAGUUUUCCACAUUAUUGACAUUGAAAUCCAGUUGUUCAUCAAUAUUUCGAGCUGAAAAUCAGAAAAUUUGAAUUUUUCAUGUACCAUUCGAGUUCUGCUAACUCCAUUUCGAUUUCUAUAGAUUUCUUCUGGGUCUCACAACAAUUUUCCAACUCAAAAAUUUCAAUCGAAACAAUGUUUCUCUAGAAAAAACCCACCUUUCUUCGAUAAUCCUCGAAUUUUCCGUUGGAAGCGAUAAUUGCAGACUUGUAGAACAUCUAAAAAUUCAAUUUUUGACUGAAAUUCACUGAUUUUCCCCGGAAACCCGAAAACCCGGCGAAAAAAAAACGAAAAAUGAAAAUAUUCUCGUGUUGCGCUAAACAGCGGGCAAGCGGAACUUCGGAGUGUCGUUGUAAAAGAAAAAACUUUUUUUUUUCGCUGUGCUCUCUCAAAAAUGUGUGUGUUUUGUCGUUUUUUUAUGAAAAUGUGUGUGUUUUUGCUGUACAUUGAUCACAAUUUCCAGAAUUUUUCUAAAAUAUUCUUGUAUCACAGUUUACUUUUGGCUCUAAAACCCAUUCAAAAACCGAACAAGCCCUUAAUUUCUAUUUAUUCCCAAAAUUAUAUUUUCAGAACACCUCUGCUCCUCGUGUCACUCAACCAGCUUCCUACCAAUACGAAAACUAUUUGAGCAGCCGCAAAGAGGAAAACCGUCGCGAAGAAACAACCAGCAGACCAGUUUCGCAACUCUCGCAAUAUUCCGAAUCAAGAAAUUAUAAACGAAACUAUGAGGAGAAAACAGAGACAACGUGAGCAUUUCUUUUUUGGGAAAAAUAAAUUUCUAAAAAUAAAAAUAAAAUUUUUUUCCAGCACCAUUCCGGCGGUUGCUCCAUCUACUCAAGUAACCUACAAAGAUUUAUCAAAUGCUCAAUCUGUUGAUGAUGUUUUCAACAAACGUACCGAAAUGAAUGAAAGCUUGCCAAUCGGAAGUUUGUCAAACACCCAUAAUAAUACCGAAGGUGGAUAUCGCGAUGUGAACGGCCACGAUGUUUCCUACAAACGCGAACAUCAAACAUCAGCCGAUCCAGGAAGAGAAACCGCAUUAUUGAAAGAAGAGGAGAAACGUGUAGUUGAAACACCAUUGGAGCCAGGAGUUAUUUCACGACAUGUCACAACAAAAUAUUAUAAAAAGAAGACUGUUACUGACACAACAACCACGACCGCUUAA